AUGGGCGUGCCGACGGCCACCGCCACGCCUCCUCUAGCGGGAGCAGACGAGCCUCCACUGGCGGCAGCUCGACGCACGGCUGGCCCAGCAGCGGCAGCAGGCGUGGGACUCAGCUCGCAGGCGCUGGCGGAGGCGGUACCAGAAGCAGCAGCAGCAGCCCAGAGGCCUACGCCGCCGGCACCGCCGCCCACCAACGGCAGCACCAGCAGUAGCAGCGGCGGCGUCAGCGGCGUGGUUGGCACCGCCCCUCAGCAGCGGCAGAGCCCCCGGCAGUCGCCAUCGCUGCGCAUGCUGCUCAGCCAGCAGCGCAAGCAGCUGCCGCAGCAGCCCGCCUGGCCGCAGCAAGGGCAGCAGGGGCAACAGGCGCAGCAGCUGGCGCCGCGCCGGGGGCAGCCCGCUUUCCUGUCUUACAGCCAGCAGCGGCAGCAGCACGAGCAGGGCCAGAUUCUGCAGCAGCAGUACUUCCGCCAGCAGCACCUGCGCGUGCCUUACUGGGUGCGCGCGGUGGCAGAGGAGAUGCUGCAGGCGGUGGCGGCGGUGGAUGCAGCGGGCGGCGCCGGCGCCGGCGCCAGCGGCAUUGCGGGGCUUGGCAUCUACGACCCACCUCAGGCGCUAAUGGAUCAGCUCCACCCCCUGCUGCCGCCUUUUGUUGACUCCACGGCACAGCAGCAGCCGCUGCCGCCCCCGCAGCAGGCUGCGGAGCAGCAGGCAGAUGAGGAUGAACCGGGAGAAUCGCUGGCGGCAGAGCAGCAGCAGCAGCAGCAGCAGCAGGAGGAGCUGGCUGAGGAGCAGCAAGAGGAGGAGGAGCUGGAGGAGGAGGAGGAGCAGGAGCAGGAGCCCCUGCCACAAGAGGCGGCGGCUGAAGCGGGCGACAUCUUUGCUGCCGAGCUGGCCAGGAUUCUGAGCCACUAUGAGCAAAGCUCUUCAGAGGCAGCAGCAGCAGCAGCAGCAGAGGAGGAGGAGAGUGUAGACGGAGCAGUGCCCGUUGGAACUAGCGCAGAGGGGACGAGCGUCGGCAGCGAAGCCAGCAGCGGCACCACCAGCGUGGCGGAGCCUGCCGAGGCGGCGGCCUCUGGUGCCGCCUCCGACGCCGCGCGGUCCCAGCCCAGGCAGCGCCGUGUGGACGACGGCGGCUUCCUGCUGCUGCUGCGAGCCGUGGCGCUCAUGGCAAGCCGCCGCCGCUGCCGCUGCCACUGCUGCUGCUGCUGCCGCCAUACUAUGCUUCUGGGAGACGGGAUGCGGGGGGCGAUAGCGCUGCUGCUGGCUGCCGACGCGGGCGGCGGCGGCUACCCCACGCGCUCCAACGACAUCAUGGCAGCCAUGCUGAAGCUGGCCAACAGCCUGCUGGAGGACGAGGCGGCGGUGGUGCUGGUGCAUCUGGCGAAGCAGUGGGGUGUGGAGCUGGACAGGGGCAUGUGGCAACACGUGCUGGAUGUGUGCGCCAAGGCGGGCAAGGCUGAGGUGGUGCUGGCGAUGAUGCAGGAGAUGGAGGCGCGCGGCCUGCCCCCCGACAGCGUGGCGCACACCAUCCUGGUGAUGGCGCACGAGAAGGCGGGGGCGUGGCGCGAGGCGCUGGCCGCCUACCGACACAUGCGCGACCGCGGCCUGGAGCGCAACAGCUUCACCUACAGGCGCGCCCUGGCCGGCAGCGGGCCGGGCCCUGCAUUUCUGUGGGCCGGGGGCGGCGCCGCCGCGGGUGGAAGUGCCGGCAGGAAUCCCCAGUCGGGCUGCCAGGCCAGCCCCGUGUCGCCUCGCCUCGCCUCGCCUGCCCACGCCGCCUGCCUGGCGCUGGUGUCUGCCCUGGUGGGCGCCGACCGGCUGGGCGACGCGUGCGAGGUGCUGGACUGGAUGGCAGAUGACGGCGUGGCGGGGAACGCGGUGGUGUACCAGACCCUCAUCAACGCCUUUUUGGAGCGGGACCGCCAGGACAAGGUGGACUGGCUGCUGGAGCGCAUGCGGCGCGACGGCAGGGGGAGGGCCCCCGGCGCGGCGCGCUGGCCCGCCGUGCUGCGCAUCAUCCACGGCAUGCAGAUGGGGCUGCCCAACUACCGGGACACGCAUGUGCAGACCGUGGCCGUAUCUGUGGCGGCCAAGGAUGGGCGGCUGGAAGAUGCGCUGGCGGUGUACCGCCUGAUGCUGCAGGACGGGGUGCAGCCCAAGGCGCCCACCUUCAACGCAUUGAUCGCCGCGUGCAUGCGUGCGGGGCAGCCCGCCAAGGGCUUCCGCUUCCUGGAGGUCAUGCAGGGCAUGGGGGCGGAUGUGGUGACUGUGUCCACCCUCAUCGCCUGCUGCGAGCGCCUGGGCGACUGGCAGCGGGCGCGGGAUGUGUGGCAGUGGAUGGUGGACCAGGGGCUGGAGCCAGACACCAUCUGCUACAACACCAUGAUCUCCUGCAUGGAGCGUUGCAACCAGCCGGACCGCGCGCUGGCGGUGUUUGAGCAGAUGUCGGAGGCCGGCGUGGCUGGCAGCAGCGCCACCUACGCCACCCUCUGUGACGUCUUUGCCAAGCAAGGCAACUGGGCCAAGCUGCGCACCGCGGUGCAGGUCAAAGAGUGGAUGGAGGCGCAGGGCGAGGACCCCGCGCAGCUGACGUACGCGGAGCUCAUGGUGCGUGCCUCCGAGGGCGGCAACUGGAAGCGCGCGCUGGAGCUGUUUGAAGGCAUGGAGAGCAGCCUGACCAUCAGCGGCAGCCAGCCCAACGCCGUCACCUACUCUGCCGCCAUCAUCGCCUGCGCACGCCUGGCCGACUGGCAGCGCGCCGUGGAGCUCAAGGACCAGAUGCUGGCCAGGGGCCUGCCCGCCUCGCCCAUCGUGUACAACAGCGUGCUGGCGGCGUGCGAGGCGUCGCGCCAGCUGGACGCGGCACUGGACCUGCUGGAUGAGAUGCGGGUGGCGGGGGUGCCGCGGGACCAGUACACAUACUCCACCCUCAUGUCAUGCUGCUACCACGGCGAGGGGCACCUGGGGCCCGCCAUGCGCCUGUUCCAAGAGAUGCAGGAGGAGGGGCUGACGCCCAACAUAGUCGUGGUCAACGCCCUGCUCAGCGUGUGCGCCACGGUGGGCGACGCCGACGCCGCCUCCCGCGUCUACAGGCACGCCACCGGCGCCCUGGGCAUGCCUGCCGACGAGAUCACGAUGCACUGCAUGAUGGAGGUGAUAGGGCGGGCGGGGCGCUGGGCGGAGGGCCUCGCCUUCUUCGCCGCCUCGUACCGCGAGCAGGGCAGCUACCGAGGCGUGCUGCAGCUGGACCUCAGCAAGCCAGACACGGCAGCCCAGCUGGACCUUCACUUUCUGUCGGUGGUGGGCGCGCGCAUCGUGCUGCGCGGCUGGCUGCUGCACCUCAAGCGCCGCGCGCUGCGGGGCGAGCAGCUGGACCCCGGGUUCAAGUUCCGCAUCGUGACAGGCUGGGGCCGUAACAGCGCCAACAACGUGCCGCGGCUGAAGCCCGAGGUGGGGCGCAUGCUGCAGCAGGAGAUGGGGCCGGCGCUGGCGCUGCUGGAGCCCGCCUCCAACCUGGGCGUGUACCAUGUGGAGCAGAGGAGCAUGUACGACUGGCUUCUCAACGAGGCGCAGCUGGGUUUUGAUGCCCGGGAGGAGGAGGAGGCGUGGCUGGUGAUGGAGCAGCUGCACGCAUACCAGCAGCAGGAGAAGCGGCGGAAGGGGCCAGCGGCGCAGCAGCGGCCCGAGCAGCGCCAGCCCGCGCCGCUGGGCAGUGCUGGUCUGCAGCCGCGGUACGAGGGGGUGGCGUGGAUGCCGCCCUCGGCGCAGCCAGCUGCCUCCAGCGGUGAGGAGGAGGCGCAGGCCGAGGCGAUGUGA